AUGGCGAGUGAGUUGAAGGAAUUGAAGCGGCAAGCGCGGCAGCUACAGAAUACCUUCGAUGGGGUGAGGCGCUUUAUUGAUAGGUUUAAGAAAGAGAAGCACUACGCGCACAUCGACACUAGGUUAGAGAUGCUGGAGGCGGCCAUGUCGAAAUUCUAUGCGAUUCGUUCAAAAAUCGAAGAGGUAGCGGAAGGAAUCGACGAAAAAGGUGUAGCAGAAUCGAAGGAAAGUUCCGAGGAACGAACUGCCAGAUUGGAGAUUCUGUCCGAACGGCGAUGUAAAGAAAGCGCAGAAGUAAUCGCGGAAACCGAAGACGUUUAUUGCGAUUUGCGUUCAUCCUUGCGAUCGUUAAAAAACGAAUCCACUCCAGGUGCUGCACCUGCAGUACAGACUCCAGUCGCUUCGCUGCCAGCAGUUAAUCCUACAUCGACAGUGAAGUUGCCAGAACUGCGAUUGCCAAGCUUCAGCGGUCGUCUUCGAGAGUGGGUUACUUUUCGAGACAUGUUCCAGAGCUUAAUCCACCGUAACCGUCAGCUGUCCGACAUGGACAAGUUUAGCUAUUUACGGUCAUCUUUAGUGGGUGAAGCAUUGCAGGAAGUUGCAGCGCUGGAGAUGACAUCAGCAAACUACGCUAUCGCCUGGGAUCUUCUGCAGAAACGCUACGAGAAUCGGAAGCUCAUAGUGAAGGCCCAUCUAGACGCUCUGUUUGCUGUAGAGCCGAUGAAGCGCGAAAGCUACGAAGCGCUGAAUCACCUACUCAGCGAAUAUGAUCGGAACCUUCAAAUGAUGGAGAAAAUCGGGGAGCAUACCGCUAACUGGAGCACCAUCCUGGUUCAUAUGGUGUGUUCCAGAUUAGAUUCGACAACGCUUCGCUAUUGGGAGUCGCAUCAUUGUUCCAAAGAAGUACCCAAGUACGAAGAGCUCAUCGAAUUUCUGCGGAACCAAUGUUCUGUGCUCCAGUCUAUUGCUCCAGAGAAAGCUCCCACCCACACCGAAUUCCGCAAACAAAAAACUUCUGUGAGUCAUCCGAUGCAAUCUGCCAAUCGAUGUCGUUUUUGUGAAGAAGCCCAGCAUUCAGCGUUUAGAUGCCAGCGGUUCCUGAAAAUGAAAGUGCCUGAACGCUACGAGAAGGUGAAAAAGUGUGGUCUUUGCUUAAACUGUUUCUCAUCGUCGCAUCUAGUUCGUUUCUGCACGAAAGGUGUCUGCCGACACUGCCAACGAAAGCACCAUACUCUUCUGCAUUCCGGUGUAACAGAAGGCGGAACAGCUGCUACGUCGUCACAGAUCGGUUCCUCCGUCCCACAAGAACAAACACGAACACAAAGAGCGAAUAACCAACAAACACAGCCACACGCCCAGAACCAUGCCACAUCAAGUCAAAGCACAGGACCCAACACAAGUUCAUUCCCAAUCGCAAGCACACUUUCACACCCACAACCCACCACAGAUCGUACUCCCUCUCAUAACACUAACUCACUGCCGGUGAGCAUCAAUAUUCCAUCCCGUCAAGUUCUGUUGUCCACCGCCUUGGUGCGCAUAACAGACCAAUUUGGAAACAUGCAGCUUGCAAGAGCGCUUCUCGACUCAUGCUCCGAAUACUGCUUCAUCACUCGGAGUCUAUGCCAGAAGCUUAAACUAGUAGGAUUGCCUGAUCACCUGUCUAUAGUCGGUAUUGAGGGUACUUCUACGAAAUCAUCAAGAACGGUGAGCGCAACCGUAAUGCCGCGGUCGCUGAAAAUCUCCUCCUAUGCGGAGCACAUUCAGCUACAUGUCCUUCCCAAGCUGACAUCCGAUUUGCCGACCGAAUACGUAAAUGUGCAGCACUUGGCGAUUCCAGAGCACCUGAUGUUGGCGGAUCCUACGUUCUUUGAGCCUGGAUCAAUCGAUAUGAUCAUCGGUGCUGAGUAUUAUUACGAUUUACUGGGGGGAGGCAAGAUCAAACUAUGCGACGGUGGACCCACUCUUCAUGAAACCGUUUUUGGAUGGGUUGUCUCUGGCCGUGUACCUGGAUCAUCUCCAGUAGCACAACGAACCUAUUCUCAUCCUAUCACUUCUCCUGAUCUCAACGAUCUGCUCACCAAAUUUUGGGAGCUCGAGUCUUGCCACGCUGGAGGCACGUUGUCCGUGGAAGAAUCAGCGUGUGAAGAAAUAUUCGAACGAACUACCAUCCGCAAUGAAGUUGGUAGAUUCGUAGUCACUCUACCAAAGAAGGAAGCUGUCAUUCAAAGAUUGGGUGACUCCAAGGCUAACGCUUUAAAGCGAUUCCAUGGACUAGAGCGUCGGUUUUCAACACACAGUGCUUUGAAAGAGGCGUAUUUCGACUUCAUCGAGGAAUACAAGUCCAUGGGCCAUAUGGAAGAAGUACUAGAAGGAGAAGAACCUGUCUACUAUUUGCCACAUCACGCUGUAUUGAAGCCUGACAGCACCACCACAAAACUCCGGGUCGUAUUCGACGCUUCAUGCCGCACGACAACAGGAAUCUCCCUAAAUGAUGGGUUGAUGGUGGGUCCAGUUGUCCAGGAUGAUCUGCACACCAUUGCCUUACGCUUCCGGUUUUGGAGACAUGCACUCGUUGCAGACGUGGCAAAAUGUAUAGGAUGGUAA